AUGCGUUAUAGGUAUGUUCGCGUUGCAGCGAACGUCUUCGUGACGUGAGGUCGAAAAUGUUUCGUUCCGUCACACAUAACGUCCCACAGGGACUGGUGUCUCUAGUGCGCAACAAUGUGGCAGUAUCAGGAUGUGGUGCCGCUACCACAAAGAUUCAGACUAAAGAUAUGGCUACGGAAUCAUCUGUGCAGAAGGCAAAGACGCAGUUACCAGAGAAACCUAAAGUUGAGCCCUACAGUCCAUUUCGACCCAAUAAUAUGGCAGAGUAUGCCUUAGCUAGAGUGGAUGAUCUAUUAAAUUGGGGACGCAAAGGCUCAAUAUGGCCAAUGACUUUUGGUUUAGCUUGCUGUGCUGUAGAAAUGAUGCACAUUGCGGCGCCUAGAUAUGACAUGGACAGGUUUGGCGUUGUAUUCCGUGCUUCGCCUCGACAGUCAGAUGUUAUUAUAGUUGCUGGUACUUUGACGAAUAAAAUGGCACCUGCUUUGAGAAAGAUCUAUGAUCAAAUGCCUGAACCACGAUGGGUUAUUUCCAUGGGAAGUUGUGCAAAUGGAGGCGGAUAUUAUCAUUAUAGUUAUUCUGUGGUCAGAGGUUGCGAUAGAAUUAUACCUGUGGACAUUUACGUACCAGGUUGUCCCCCAACAGCUGAAGCAUUGUUAUAUGGUGUCUUACAAUUACAAAAAAAGAUAAAGCGUAUGAAAACCACACAAAUUUGGUACAGGAAAUAAUGUACAGUAUCUUUGACAUCUAUAGUUGUGUGUAAUAAGUCAUUUAAAAAUUGUAUAAAUCAUUUAAAAAUUGUAAGAUAUUGAUAUAUAUAUAUAAAAUUAAUAGGAAAAUUAUAGAUUGUCUAAAAAUGUGGUUGAUGAAAUAAAUCACAUUUUAGUAAAAAUA